AUAAAUACAGUCUAAAGUCCAUCGAAACCGCUGUUGUAGUGUUCAGUAACAAUGGUCUGUUACUUUUUAAUACCGGCGCUGCAUACGUGUACCUACCGUAGCGGAAGGAUUUAGGUUACUGCAACAUGGAUUUGUGAGUGUGGGUUUUAGCUUUAACAUGCCAUUUUUGAAGUCGAGCUUUUAUAGCAAAUAAUAUCUAAAUGCAAUAAACACAGUACACCGUAAUUCGUUUGACUCUUAGACGACAGGAAAUCGUGCUCUUCACGCACAAAGUCUGGUCGAACCUGAGCGUUACAACACAAGACAGCUUCUGCAAUUAAUGAGUUGUGGGUUGUUAGAAUCUGAUUUCAGGCAUCAAGCAACAGGGGGAAGGAGUGUGUCUUGUCAGUAUGAAAAGUCACGCUCGAUCGAGUGGGCAACUCCUUGAAAAUUUGACACCUCUUUGUGUCUAAAAAGGCAUACGAAUUUUCGCGAAGAUAAUGCGUCGCCAAAUUCUGCGACAGCUAUGGAACAGGAGAAAAUGUCAGACAAGGCUUUGGAAGAAGAUGCUAAAUCAGAACUAGGGAGUCCAACAGAGCAGGUUGCAAAUGGCAAAGGAAGUUCUGAGAUCCAAAUCACUAUCGGCCAGCAUUCCAAAUACAUUGCAGAUAAUUUUGACAAGUUAUAUGACGAAGUUCAGGUGUUAAAGGGCAACUUAACGGCGACAGAGACGCUGCUGCGCAACGAGAUGGACGCAAAGCUGAAGGCAAUGGAGAGUAGGCUGGCGGGGCGGAUCGGGAUUCUGGAACAGAGGACAGCGGAACAAUGGAUCAAAAUUGCGGAGCUGGAGAGCUUGGGCAAGCAGCAAGCCACACAACUAGACGAUCUGCAAAACCAGUGCGGCAUCCUCUUCUUCCGCUUCCAUUGA